AUGGGGCCCCCAGACCCCCAGAAGAGGCCCCACGGAGCGGGGGGCCCCCCUGCCUUUGAGUUGAGGCCCUUAGACCCAGCUGUGAGGGCUGCUUCUGCUGCUGCAGCAGCGCCUGCAGACGCAGCAGCAGCAGCAGCGAAGCCCCGUGGUAAGAAAAAGGGAGGUGACCCUGAGCGCCGUAAGCAAUGCAGCAUCCACGCUCUUAUGAAACGCAUCUCUCUCGAGUGCAAGUCUGCUGCUGCUGGCGGCGCUGCAGCAGCAGCAGCAGCAGGAGAACCCGCAACGUCAGCAGCAGCAGCAGCAGCAGCCAGGGAAGCAUCCGACUCAGCAAAUGCUUCCGGCUCCAGCGCUUCCCCUCCCUCCCAAUCACCAGCAGCAGCAGCAGCAGCAACAGCAGCAGCAGCAGCAAAAGUGCCGGCUGAAAGCCCAGAUGAAGUUUCUCUUUUCAUGUUUGACUUCGGAGAGUGCGACGCCCAGCGCUGCAGCGGCCGCCGUUUGCUGCGGCACUGCAAACUCAACAAGAUAACAGCUGCUGGCAGAGUGCAGUACGCGCAGCGGCUGGGUGGCCGCAGCAGCAGCAGCCGCAGCAGCAGCA